AUGAAGGAAAGUGAAAAAGGGUAUUUGGAUCCACAGUUAUGGCACGCUUGUGCAGGUGGAAUGGUUCAGAUACCUCAAGUGAAUACCAAAGUUUUCUACUUUCCACAGGGUCAUGCUGAACAUGCCAACACAAACAUUGAUCUAAGGGUUUCUGUUCCGCCGCUGAUUCUUUGCAAAGUUGUUGCUGUUAAAUUCAUGGCUGACCCGGAAACUGAUGAGGUUUUUGCUAUAAUGAAGCUUCUGCCUUUGAGAAACUCGGAGGUUGGUUACAGUGAAGAAAGUGGUGGUGAUGGUUUGGAGAAUUCUGAGAAGCCUGCGUCUUUUGCGAAGACUUUGACUCAAUCUGAUGCAAACAAUGGUGGAGGGUUUUCUGUUCCGAGAUACUGUGCUGAGACGAUCUUUCCGCGGCUGGAUUACGCGGCUGAGCCGCCUGUUCAGACAGUGGUGGCGAAGGAUGUUCACGGCGAGCUUUGGAAGUUUAGGCAUAUUUAUAGAGGGACGCCGCGUAGGCACUUGCUUACAACAGGGUGGAGUAGCUUUGUGAACCAGAAAAAGCUUGUUGCUGGUGAUUCUGUGGUGUUUCUGAGGUCGGAGAAUGGUGAAUUGUGUGUCGGAAUUCGAAGGGCGAAAAAGGGAAUUGGUAGUGGUUUUGAUGGUUCAUCUUGUGGUUGGACUUCAGGUUCAGGUUCUAACAGUGUUAAUUGUGGAAUUGGACCUUUUGGGGCAUUUUCAUUUUUCUUGAAAGAGGAGAAUAAGACAUUGAGAAAUGGUUGUGUUGGUGUUGGUGGUGAUGUGAGUGGAAGAGUAAAAGUGAGACAUGAAGAUGUUAUGGAAGCUGUGAAAUUGGCUGCUAAUAACCAACCAUUUGAAGUUGUUUACUAUCCAAGAGCAAGCACUCCUGAAUUUUGUGUUAAGGCUUCAUCUGUUAGAGCUGCUAUGAGGAUUCAAUGGUGUUCGGGGAUGAGGUUCAAGAUGCCUUUUGAAACCGAGGACUCGUCUAGGAUUAGUUGGUUUAUGGGAACCAUUGCUUCUGUUCAUGUUGUUGAUCCUAUUCGCUGGCCUAAUUCCCCAUGGCGCCUUCUUCAGGUUACAUGGGAUGAGCCGGAUUUACUACAAAAUGUGAAGUGUGUUAGUCCGUGGUUGGUCGAACUGGUAUCAAACAUACCAGUCCUUCAUUUCACACCUUUCACUCCACCGAGGAAGAAGCUGCGGUUUCCCCAAAACCUUGACUUCCCCCUCGGCGUUCAAUUUCCAUCACCGACGUUUUCAGGCAACCAGCUCGGGCCAAACGGCCCCUUCUUCGGUUUAUCUGAUAAUGCUCCUGCAUGUAUACAGGGAGCCAGGCAUGCUCAAUUUGGAGGAAUAUCUCUUUCAGAUCUCAACCUUAGCAACAAUAAGCUUCAGUUAGGGUUGUUUCCUACUACUAAUGUUCAGCACGUUGACGUGCGUACUAGGAUUUCGAACGGAAACAACAUGAUCAACAAUGAUAAGAACAAAGAAAGCUUAUCGUGCUUGUUGUCCAUAGGGAAAAAGUCUGACAAGAGUUUGGAGAAAUCUCAAUCUGAUGAUGUUGUUGUUGUUAAGAAACAUCAGUUUUUUCUUUUCGGUCAACCGAUACUCACUGAGCAACAAAUUUCCAAAAACUGUUCUAAAGAUGUAGUAGAUGAGAGUAAGAACAAAGAGAAGUGGUUUUUGGAUGCAUUUUCAGCAGGAAAAGCUUCUGAUGCAGCUGAGUUUAGUUGGCAACUUGGGCUGGAUAUUGGUCACUGCAAGGUUUUCUUGGAGUCAGAAGAUGUUGGAAGGACACUCGAUUUAUCACUUCUUGGUUCUUAUGAAGAGCUCUACAAGAAACUGGCCAACAUGUUUGAUUUUGAAAAAUCUGAGAUGUUGACUCGCGUGUUCUACCGGGAUGCAACAGGUGCUCUGAAGCAAACUGGUGAAGAACCCUUCAGUGACUUCAUGAAGACAGCAAAAAGAUUGACAAUUCUGACAGAUUCAGGCAACAAAAAUGUUAGAGGGGCCUGGAUUACAGGAACUCGAAAUGGUGAACAUGGAUUGGAUGCAUCAAACAAAACAGGUCCUCUAAGCAUAAUUGCUUAA